AUGCGGGUUUGCAUUCGCAAUCAAGAUACCACGCCCACAACUCCCACCAAAUGGGUUGACGCCGGCUAUGAUGAUACCAUUAUCCAAGCGAAUCUGAACACUCAGUUAGCCGUUGGUCAUUCCAUCGUUUCAGCCCUUUCAGCAUGUGCACCAGGGCAACUCGGACAUAUCAAGUCAGCGGAAACUAUAGGUCUGAGCGAGGAGUAUAAUACAAGAAACACUAGUGACCGGAUCCUUGACACAACGCCACCAGCGAAUCUGAUGAGGGGUGCAUCGGGAGAGCCUGAAAUGACUGUGACUGAGAUGGCUGCCCUAAAAGCACUCGCUGAGGCUGUUCCAACGGCGUCACCCAUUAGCGGCAGUGGACCGCCAAAAGCAUCCAGGCACCUGAAUAAGACCACGAUUCUGGACAAGAUCCCUGGAGCUGAGACGAUUACGAGCAAGGGCAUCUUUUCAAACACUUCAGCCCUGAUAGCCCCGAUUCGGUAUAUCCAAUCCCUGCCGUCAAAGCACGUUCGCUCCAAAUUGAUUGACGCGUCCAAUGAAUGGUUUCAGCUUUCUCACGAACAGCUCGGUAUAGUUAAACGAGCUAUCGACGACCUUCACAAUGCGACUCUGAUACUUGAUGAUAUCCAGGACGGAUCAUUACUACGACGGGGAAAUCAUACAGCCCACCUCAUCUUUGGUUCCGCACAGUGCAUCAACAGUGCCACAUAUCUGGUCACGCACGCUAUAUCAGAGACUCGGAAGUUGAAAUCCCCAGAGGCAUUGUCCAUCUUUCUCGAUGGUCUAGAACAACUGGCCAUUGGUCAGAGCUGGGACCUCGACUGGAAAUUCCGCACCCAUUGUCCCUCCAUUGCUGAGUAUAUGACAAUGGUUGAUGGAAAAACUGGAGCUAUGUUCACGAUGCUUGUUCGCCUUAUGCAUAAUAUGUCUGCAGCCCCCUGGGAUCUUUGUCAUAUCGAAAGCCUAGCUCGAAUCCUCGGUCGCUGGUACCAAAUCAGGGACGAUUAUCAAAACCUGCAGGAUACCGAGUAUGCUGAGAAGAAAGGGUUCUGCGAAGAUCUGGAGGAAGGAAAAUUCUCAUAUCCCAUUAUUCUUUGCUGUGAGACGGAUCAAGAUGCCAGGAGGCUCAUCCUGGAUAUUUUCGCCAAUAAGGCGAAUGGACCGAUUACAUUGGAUCACAAGAUGGAGCUAUUGGAUCUGAUUCAAAGAGCCGGCGCAAUUGAAAGGACCUGGAAGAUGCUUAAAAGCCUUGAGUGUGAUGCUAAGGAUGCUCUUUCAGUUCUUGAGACAGUCACUGGGAAGCAUAAUCAGGCAUUUCACCGGAUUGUGGAGCUGCUGGGAAAGGUCCCAACACCAUGA